GAAAGAGAAGUAAAGAAGGAGACACCAGCCAGUUGCAUGAGUCCCAUACUGCCUCUCUUAUCACACCUCGCCUCCCAUUUCAUCGGCUCCUUGUCCCCUCUGUUCUCUGGAGCCAUGCACCCUCAGCGCCCGCUGCCCCAGGCCGUGCCUGCUGCAUCUUCUUCGCCGCCCUCGUCUCUGGGGCAGCAGCUGCGAGACAUGGCCAUGGGUCUGGGGCGGGGAAAGAACUUCCUGGGAGGGAACGUCGCCUACGGCUUCGUGCAGUCGCUCAAGGAGUGUCUUUAUUUCGUGCUGUGCUGCUGGUGCAUCAAGGAGAUCCUGGACUGAACCCUACAAGUAAUAGGGUGCUCUUCUUUAGCUUGAUUAUCUUUGAUUUGGAAAGCUGCACAGGGACAGAAUAAAGGAUUUAACCAAUA